AUGAUGAAGCUUGCAACUUUGGUGUUGUCCGCCCCGCUCUUGGCCAAUGCAGCAAAGGUCGUCGGCAAGACGAUGUUCGAGACCUCGGAGGACAAUCCGUGCCCCAACGGACUGGAGAACCGCUACCCGAAGUCGCUUGAGAAGACCUACGUCAUCGCGAAGGAUCACGGCCUGAACCCCCUGGAUGCCAUCUGGGACACCGAGAAGCUUCGUGCGGCCAUGAAGGAUGACAAGGAGUGGCAGAUUGGCAAUCAUUGGGUCCUCAAGGCGAAGUACUCCUCGGAUUCCGACGUCGACCGGACCUUCGGCUUUGCUGGUCCGAACGGAGGACUCAGCGGCAUGGGCGAGGCUCUCGUCUACGGCUCCGGCUGGCAGCUUUUUGCGUUGGCUGGCUACCGAGAAAUGGACGAUUUGGGCCUUCUCGCAGGUCUCAUCUGCGUCAUGCAGUGCGCAUCAACGGCCCUGCUCGCCAUGCAAAAUGGCCGCGAGUGGUGGUGGUAUGCGAAGCCGGGGGCGAUUUUCAGCGUUGCCAUGCUGCUGCUGUCUCCUGUGGGCAACCACGUCAGGGAGGUGGCGCCGACAGACACGAUUCAGCUGGUACUGGCUCUCACGUUCCUGACCUUUGCUUUGGCCAAAGUCGCCUUCGACGGUUUGGUGGCCCUGUGGCGGGCGAAGGGCGGCGGUGCUUACUCCGACCCGCCGCAAGCGCACGGCGCGGUUUGCGCCAAAGGUGCAGAGACGCCGCCACCGGUGGAAGAAGCCCCGGAGACAGAUGUGCCGGAGAAGUCGGAAAAGAGGUUGCCCCCGGCUCCUCCAUGGCUUCUACGGGCCCUGCCGGGUGUAGGCUUAGUCGGUGGCUUCCUGGGCGGCUUGUGUGGCAUGAAUGGACCACCCUUCAUCCUGCUUACGGCAAUCACGGGUCUUGACAAGGUGAUCGCCCGCAACGUCUUCCCUAUGGGACAGGCCGUUGAGGUCUGGACUUUCCGGCUGCCGAUGCUGCUGGUUCUGGGCAGAAUACAGUUGGUGGACGCCCACCUCUACGUGGUCAGCUUUCUCGCCGGAUCGUUGGGCUUAUGGGCCGGCAAUGCUCUAGCGCCGUAUGUGUCGCAGCGCUGGUUCGAACGAGCUUUGCUGCUUUUCUUGGUGCUCUCCUCGCUGAGCGUGCUGGGCAUUUUCGAAGGCCGCCCCGAGAGCAUCUUUGCCUUGGCGGCCUCAGCGAUGGUUUCUGGAGCACGUUUGCUCUGCGCCUGGCAUCAUGGAAGGAAAGCUCACACCUGA